AUGUCGCUCGAACCCGACGUGACUGCUCGCUUGCCAAAAGUGGCGAGCCAGCUGAUCGUGUACGACUUCGACUGGAGUUUGGCAGAUCAGGAUACCGACCGGUGGGUGCACGAAGUGCAUGCUCCGGACCUUCGAAGAAGGAUCAAGGAGAGGGACGGGACUGUUCAAUUCACGGAUCUUUGGUGAGUCCUUGUCCCUUCUUCCUUGGCCAUUUGCCCCCAAGAGGCAUGACUAGGGAGCUCAUGUGAUUUCUCGUCGUUGUGCUCCUCGCUUCGCCGCGCUGCGCAGUGCUGGACUGCUAAGGGAGCUUCACGGCAGAGGAAUCACGCCUGACCAGAUCAAGGAUGCCAUGCGAGUCAUGCCUUUUGUGAGUGGCAUUUCCGUCUUUGCCAGCAACAGCGCGUCCAGCUCUUUGCGCAAAUCCUCCUCCUCCUUCAGCUCACGUCGUUUCCUUGUGACAAUCCACCACGUCUCAUCAGCAUCCGGCUAUGAGGAGGGGUGUGCUGCAAAGCAAGGUGGCCAGUACGCCGCAGACGACCUUUUUCCUGCUGAGUAACUCCAACAGCGUUUAUAUCGACACCAUUCUUCAAGUGAGCGCUUGCCUCGCCUUCCGCUAGGUCUUUGCUCCAGCCCCUCGCACGCUCAUUCUUUCUUUCUCUCUCUCUCUCUCUCUCUCUAUCUCUAUCAAUGCUCAGCAUCAAGGCUUGAAAGAAGCUUUCACGGAAGUGGUCACCAAUCCUGCCCACUUUGAGGAAAAUGGCCUGUUGAACUUGUCCAGGCGCAUCCCUGCGGACGCUCCUGCGGCUCAGCAGCACAAGUGCAAAGUAGGCUGCAGUCCCAACAUGUGCAAAGGUACGUGUUGCGCCAGCAAGCUUCGACAUUCCAAACCAAAUACCGGUUCUUCUCAACCCUGGUUUCUCUUUCUUUUCUUUUUUUCUCUUUUCCUUCAUCGCUCGCGCACGACACAGGCGAGGAAUUGGAAGCUUUUUUGGCUCGUCAUGGAGGACGUUCGGCGUUUGAGAGGAUAGUGUACGUGGGAGAUGGAGGAAACGAUUAUUGUCCUGUUUUGCGAUUGGGCCCAAAAGAUGUGGCUCUCGUCAGACGCUACAGAGGACUGGAAAAGAGAAUCGAAAAGGAGGGGGGUGUCGAGGCUAGCAUCAGAUUUUGGGCUGGCGCGUGGGAGGUGAGUCGAAUGCUCGGCUUGAGAGCUGCAGUCGGUUCUGCUCAUGCGUGCACAUUUUCAUUCUACGCUGGACCCCGAACAGGUCGAGGGCUUGCUCAAAGAGCUGCGUGGAGAGUAUUAG